AUGCCUCGCAAAGGACCAAACAGGCCGAGCGUCAAGCGCGUUCCUGCAUCGAGUGGGCCUGUCACUCCAGGCAGAGCCCGAAAAUCAACUCGAGGAGCAUCCCAGUCCCCUUCACGGCCAUCUCCCCCACCAUCCCCUCGCGAAGUUCAAGCCGAGAUUUUGGAGAAUCAAAACCGAAUGAUAGGAGGCCGAGAUACCAUGACCCAAUUUCUUAAUGCUGGCGUGCCCCAAUAUCCCAGCACCGUGGACCUUGGCAAUUCCGUCAUUGAUUACCUGGCCAAGAAGGGCUACGGCCGUACAGAGGCUAUGCUGCGCAUGGAAUCUGCUAAUCAAGAAAUUGAUGGCCGUCCAUUACCCCCGUUGGAGAAGAUGCCCGGCCAAAGUUCAAGCAGGGAUUCGGCGUGGGUGGAGGAAAACCUCGACUUGUACAAGCCGGAGCUGCGCCGCGUACUAUGGCCAUUGUUUGUGUACUCAUUCAUUCGGAUGGUCUCCUCGAUGUACCAGCAGGAAGCCAAACAAUUCUUUGAGUCGAACAAGAACAUGUUUCUUCCUGAACACACCGAUGACAUUCGUGUCUUUGAGCCAAUGAGCCUUCCUGAACAUGUCCAGGAUAACUCUGUGGCAAACCUCUAUCGCAACAACAAGUACCGCAUUGUCUUGAGCAACCCUGCUUACACAAAUCUUCUGCAAUUUCUGGAGAGCAAGGAGAAGGAGGGAGGCUCUGUCAUGAACGCCAUUCUGAGCAGCUAUUGCACCGUCAAGACUAUGGACCGGGCUGCUGAUGAUAGAUUUAGCUUUGCAACAAUGCUUGGUCAGAUUGGGGCUGGCCACACGUUCCCUCCCGAGGAUGAAGGUAUUCCUGGCCACCACCCGGGUUCAGCGUACACUGGUGACAACCCGGCCAUGGCUGGAACCCUUCCCCGCCUGAAGCUCGGGAAGCUCCCCAUGGAGCAGACGCUAGAAGAGGAUGUCCGUGCUGAGCUUGCUGAAGAUGACGCGAAAGAGCCGCCUCUAGCUGGACGGAACACUUUGGUUCAAGAGUUCGACCAAAUGAUCAAGAAGGAGGAAGAGGAGGAAGCUCCUAGCCGAGCCGACAUCCCAUUCCCUCCAUCUACUGCUCGUGACGUGGCUAUUGAGGUCACCAAGGUCAAAGAAAACCGAGACCGGUACAGGAUUGAAGGCCGCAAUGGCGGCGUGGGACCCGGUGUCAGCGUGUGCAUGUUCACUUUCCACAACACUUAUGAUGGGAUCAAUUGUCUCGACUUCUCUGACGACAACGCUCUGGUUGCAGCUGGAUUCGAGCAUUCAUACAUUCGUGUUUGGUCAUUGGAUGGCAAAAACAUCGAGGCUGCGUAUCCGGAACUAGAUGACCUUCCUCCCGCCAAUUCGCGACGCCUGAUUGGCCACUCUGGCCCUGUUUACGCUGUUGCUUUCCAACCUUCUGCUUCCCGGCCCGAAAACGCGUCUUCUGAUGAUCAUGUUCCAACUAAUUCCCGCUUUUUGCUGUCAUCAUCGGCAGAUAAGACAAUUCGUUUGUGGUCCCUUGAUACAUGGCAGUGUGUGGUUGUCUACAAGGGCCAUGACCGCCCAGUCUGGGAUCUGCGAUGGGGGCCUUUAGGCCAUUAUUUUGUAUCCGGUGGAUCUGACAAAACUGCUCGUCUCUGGGUAACGGACCACAUUCGCCAGCAGCGCAUCUUCGUCGGCCAUGAUCAAGAUGUUGAUUGCGUUUGCUUCCACCCUAAUUGCGCAUAUGUGUUCACAUCAAGCUGCGAUCACACGGUCCGGAUGUGGGCUGUCACUACCGGUAAUGCAGUUCGCAUGUUCACCGGACAUACCGGAAACAUUACUGCGCUGGAGUGCAGCCGUGACGGGAAGAUCUUGGCGUCUGCAGACGACCAAGGCUCUAUCUUCCUGUGGGAUUUAGCCCCCGGUCGACUUCUCAAGCGUAUGCGUGGCCAUGGCAAAGGCGGGAUUUGGUCUCUCAGCUGGAAUGUCGAGUCGAAUGUGCUUGUCUCCGGAGGGGCCGAUGGAACCGUCCGUGUCUGGGACGUAGCGGGACCACAAGAAGGUGCAAACCAAGGGCGCGUCAUUGGCGAGGGGUCCACAGCUACCAAGAUCGACGCUAGUAACGCUCCGGCCGGUCAAGGGAAGAAGAAGAAAGGCAAAGAUGUCGUUGUUACGGCCGACCAGAUCAGCGCUUUUCCCACCAAGAAGAGUCCUGUGUACAAAGUCAAGUUCACUAACAUGAACCUGGUGGUUGCUGGAGGUGCCUAUCUGCCCUAG